AUGGCUGCCAACGCUCCUUCUUCAGCUAAAAAGAUCCCUAUUCACCUGCAGAGUUCACAGAAUCGCAUUCUCAUCAAGGGAGGCAAAUGCGUCAACGACGAUGCCAUCUUCGACGCCGACAUCUACAUCGAAGAGGGCAUCAUCCGCGACAUCGGCCCGCACCUCAUUGUGCCGGGUGGUGUGCGAACCAUUGACGCCCGUGGCCUGUACAUCCUGCCAGGUGGCAUCGACACUCACACCCACCUAAAUAUGCCUUUUAUGGGCACAACAACUUGCGACGACUUCUACAGUGGCACGAAGGCGGCUCUCGCCGGUGGAACGACCACCGUCAUGGACUUUGUCAUUCCGCCGAAAGGCGUCGGUCUGGUGGCCGCCUUCAAGAAGUGGAACGAGUGGGCCAAGGAGAAUGCCUGCUGCGACUACGCCUUUCGCGUGGCCAUCAGCGAGUUCAAGAAGGGCAAAACUGAGGCGGAGAUGGAGGCGCUGGUGAAGGAGUACGGAGUGAACGCCUUCAAGUGCUUCAUGGCCUACAAGGGCGAUCUGAUGCUCAGUGACGAAGAGCUGAUUGCCGUCUUUGCCAAGUGCCGCGAGUUGGGCGCACUGGCGCUGGUGCACGCCGAGAACGGCGAAAUAAUCGACUACAAUGUGAAGAAGCUGAAGAGCCAGGGCGUCACCGGGCCGGAGGGUCAUCUGCAGAGCAGACCGGAGGAGGUGGAGGCGGAGGCGACCAAUCGAGCCAUUGUCCUGGCGAACCAAGUCAACUGCCCACUGUAC